AUGAUCAUCCUCGACCCCCACGCCGAACCUAUCGAGGAGAAGAAAUUUUCGGGGUUUGGCAGUCAGGAGGAGCAGACGUCCGAACAGAAUGCGGAUGCGCCUCCGCCUUACGAACAACAUGCGCGUAGUUCGUCCUUGGGAGAGGGUUCAUCGGCUCCUCUGUCUUCCUCUCCUCCCCUUCCUCCCCUCCCACCUCCAUCACCACCACCAGCGUCACCUCUUCCCCCAUUUGUUUCACCAUCUACUGCCCCAACUAUACCAGCGGCACAGCAAGCGUUUCGAGCCACCAACAGGCAGCGCGUUAAUCACAUAUCUCUCUUUUCCAGGCAUGACGCCAUUUCUGGUUCUUAUCUCGUCGACCCUAAGCUCCCAGCAGCGUCACUGAAUGCGGAUAUUUUUUCCUCUCGCACCACCGGGAAGACCACCACACGCGAUCGCUCUGUUGACCGCUACCAUGCUCGGAAUACCCGGCGCGCUUUCGGCGCUGUGCCGGGAGAGCAGGACGACUCGGCGAGUGAAGACAAGCGCAGUUGGCUCAAGCGUCGUACUCGCAUGCCCGAGGUCAAUGCAGCAUUCAGGACUCGACACGGUGCCAUCAAGCUCGACCUGGCUAUUGUCGGCUCGGGUACCACGGAUGGCAUGCAGCAGAAAAGCAAAAGGACUCGCGGCCGGGUAAUGGUGGCCAGUCGCCACGGGCGCAUCAACGUCGAUCUCUACGAGAUCCAAUCUGAUCACUGUGUUGAUCUAGAUGUGUCCACGCGGCAUGGCAAGAUUGCCGUCUUCUUACCUCCCACUUUCACCGGUGUCGUGUCAUUUCACCGCCAUGGAGGGCCAAGCGGCAUCCACUUCCUCCCAGAAUUUGCGUCGCGCGCCCGCACGGUGCGUGCGUCCGACGGCGAUGUGCUAGUCACGCUUACCUCACCUAUCGACACAUCUUCCUCGCAUUCCGACUAUGCCUUGCCGCGCGAGGGAGAGGACUGCUGCGUCAUCGGAACGCGUCACGGUAAGAUUACCGUCGGGAUCAGCGGUGUGGACCAGCUUCCGGAUAAGUUGCAUUCUUCCGGCGGCGGAUUGAUCUCGCGGUUCGAGGCGCUUGUGGAUGCCGGUACAAAACAGUUCGAGACGAUGGUGGAAGCAGGCGCGAAGGGAUUCGAGAAUUGGGUAGAGGCAAAAGCCAAGGCACUCGAAGGAACGUUGACCGGGCGUGCAUAA